UAGACCAUGUAAUGUAAACAUUAGAUGGUCGAGGAAUGCAUUUAGACAGUAGGUGCUGGUAGUGAAUAUUAUCAUGUGCGGUGAUAACGUGGCUGCGAGUCGGCGGGGUUUAGUCGGCGACGCGGGGUCGCGUGGUGCGGUCGCGUGUAUCGUUGCUAUCGCUCAAGUGACGUACGGAACCGCUUCGUGUGUUCGCGCUCGCGUACGCGCCGCAUUCCAUCGUGGGGGCCCUUCGCCGCUAUUGGCCGAUCCCGCGUGACGUCACACCUCGUAAUGAGGUAUUCAACAUGGCCGUGUAGCUAGUUCGCGAGUGUGCUUCGUUACUCGUUUGAAUGGAUUUAAUCAGUGAAAUAUGCCAAGGAGACGAAACGGUGAGAUACCCUUGCCCGACGGAUGGGAUUAUGCGAGGGACUUUGACGGAAAACUGUAUUUCAUCGAUCACAACAGUAGAAAAACGACGUGGAUCGACCCGCGAGACAGAUAUACUAAGCCACAGACAUUCGCGGACUGCAUUGGCAAUGAGCUGCCACUUGGAUGGGAGGAGGCCUACGAUCCACAGAUCGGACGUUAUUACAUCAAUCAUGUCAAUCAGGUGACGCAGUUAGAAGACCCGAGGUUAGAAUGGCUCAGCAUUCAGGAAGCGAUGCUGAGGGAGUACCUGCAUACAGCGCAGGAGGCUCUCGAGGCGAAGAAAGAGAUGUACGAUGUAAAGAAGCAGAGGUUGUGUUUAGCCCAGGAUGAGUACAAGCAUUUGAAUAAUGCACUCUCCACGCUCGCAGCCUCUAGGACUAGUCUGUGUUCAUCAACCACGUCUAUGACGACAACAUCGACAACUUCCCGCCACGACCCCGAGCUACUAAGAUCGGAGGUGACGCAGGCUCGCGGCCGCGUGGCCCAGCUACGGAAGGAGCUAAGGCAAGCGCGAGCAGAGGUCGCCAGCGCCCGUCGUGGAGUCGACACUUUGGCUGAGGUCGAGCAAAAGAUCAGCGCUCAACAAGGCUGCUACAACAUCACUGAAGCCCAAGCAAUAAUGACUGAAUUGAAAAACAUUCAGAAAUCACUCACCUCAGGAGAGAAAGAAAGAGCAGACCUCAUGCAAUCUUUGGCGAAACUGAAAGACGAUUUGACGAGAUUGCAACUUGGAGAUGCAUCACCUGAUCUAUCAACUCUUUCCCUCCCUCAGGAGAAAUUAAGUACUGCCUCCCAAACUGAUUUGUGUGCCGACUUAGUUCCUAUUGGCACGAGGCUAGCUGAAAUGGCGCGGGUUCGCCUUCAGUACGACGAAGCCAGGAAGAGGAUACAACAGAUACAGCAGCAACUUGCAGACCUUGAGGACAAAGUCCAACCCGGGCAAGCGGAAUCCGACAAGGAUCGCUUGCUCCUCUUCCAAGAGAAGGAACAGCUACUCAGAGAACUCAGGAGUAUAACCCCAAGAACAAGAUCUAAACAGGAGAUGACUGAAAUCCAAACGGAAUGCAAGAGAUUAGAGCAAGACCUUAAAAAUGCGUUUGAAAUGUCCAACAAGUGCAUUGCUGACCGACUAAGGUUACACGAAGAAAAGCAACUGUUAUUACAACAGUUAAAAGACGCAUUAACAUCAAUGACGACGUUAGAAGGACAGUUGAAGACGUUAUCAGCAAGUACCCUGUCAGUGUCAAGUAGUUCGAGUCUAGGGUCCCUCUCUACAGCCAGUAGUAAAGGCUCCCUAAGUUCCGGUAUCAGUUUUACCGAUAUCUACGGAGGCCCGCAAAUAGCCACGUCGUUCUCCGCUGACAAACCCAUCGACAUGGUAGAUUUGCAUCGAAGAGUUGAAAGGUUACUACGUGGCACGAGUUACAAUGCUGACAGUGUCACUCCUGGUGCCAGCAGUUCUCCAUCUCAACCAUCCUUGUCACCCAGGAGUAGUCUUUCAUCAGCCAGUCCGCCGCCACCACCACCUUCUUAUCAUCAGGUGGAAAGGCAAAGACGGCAACAGAGAGAGUUGGAAGAAAAGUUAGCAGAAAUGAGGAUAGGUGUCGCCACCGGCCUCAACGAAGUCACAGGACUUGCCACAAUUCCAGUUCAGCUACAAGGGCCGGGGCGGCCGUGCGAGCCGCUGUCGCCCAUCUCAGAGACGCCGCCACCACCCUCGCCCAGGACUCCCUCCUCUAGUGGCACAAACACUAGAUCGGUAUCAGCGGCAGUGAGCGACGAAUCAGUGGCGGGCGACUCUGGCGUGUUCGAGGCGGCGCAGGCUGCCAACGAUCCUUCCAAUGCUGUAAACAGUGCCCAAAUUGAGAUCAAAUUGCGUUACUGUGUGGAAGAGAGUGCUUUGGAGAUCGGCAUCCUGCGCGCACGCAACCUGCACGCGCUGUUCAUUGACAUCGGCACUCAAGUUGGAGUCCGCUGUGCCCUCGUAGUAGGUGGUGGCUGUGGAGUAGCGUGGGGUGCGGGCGGCGCGGCGUGGCGCGGCGCGGCCCUCGCGUGGCGACACACGCACUCCGCACCACUGGGGACUAGGGCUCUGAGGGCUGCUACUCUGCAGGUCAAUCUUACUGCUGGGGAUGAGUGUUUGGGUUGUGCACAAGUCAGUUUAGCAGACUUCGAACCCGACACGGUGUCUCAGAAAUGGUAUAAUGUGCUCAGCUUCAGGUGUAUGAGAAGAGAUGAGAGUUCGGAUGAGUCUACCGUUAUAUCUUCUCAGACUUCUACGCUUACUAGGAACAGAGGACCAGAAAGUAUGACGGGAGCAGAGUGCAACGUAGAUUGUGGUGACAAUUCAGCAUCAGAGGACGAGGAGUCCAGAGAACCACUCAAUCAGAUAGUGGAAGAGGAUUCAUUCGAGGACUACAUUCCUGAGGAGGAUAUUGCCUUAGAGGAGGAAUUCCUCCAUCCCACCACCGCCGAGAAGGAAACCAACACUGAAUGUAACUUCUGUCCUGAAGGCGCCAGGCAAUUGCAUAGAAGAAAAAGCCAACAAGUGGCCAGCGUCGGCGAGCCCCUGGCCACAAUCAAGAGGUCUCAAACAUUCUCGCCGCAACCACAGAGCAUUGCUAAAGCCCAGUACAUUUGCAGACUGAACCGUUCAGAGUCGGACUCGUCGAUGGCGGCGUACGCGCGGCGCGUGACGUCACAGCCGCCGCCGCCCGCGCGCAUUCCCUUCGACCGCAGCGUGCGCGAGCGACGCUCGCUCAGAUGGGGCCGCUCCGGCAUGUCAGGAGCCCGCGGAGGCCUGCGGGCCGCCCCCCGCACGUCACUGGACCUGGCGCUGGACCUGCGCGCGCAGCACUCGCGCCUGCACCAUCUGCGCACCGACAUCGCCAACCUCACCGCGCUCAAGAAGAGGUUAGAAGAAGCCUGCACCCGUAACGACCCAGCAGUAGCCGCGUGGGUGGCCGAGGACGAGACCCUACGCCGGCUGAUCUCCCCCGGCACGGCGGGCGGCGAGCGAGCAGCCCGCCUGCUCAGCCGCACGUGCCGCGAGAUCUACCGCCUGCGCAAGAGUCGACAGGGAGGACGGAAACCUGACCUCGUCACCUUCAAAGAAAAGAUGGCCUUCUUCACUCGAACAAAGACCACAAUCCCCCUCCUACCCGGCGAGGAUGGCGACGAAAUUCUAUCAGAGGACGACUGGGAAGACGAACUUGAAGAGAGAAGGACCCCCGACGGCCGGUCUUCCAAGACCUCGUACGAGCUCCGUCGAGACCCCCAAACGACCCCACAGGAGGUCCCAGAGGUCGUGGAGUGCAAGAACCCUUGUCUCAACAAGGAAGAUACUAAGACUGAUGAAGUGAGGUAUGAGUUUGUGGUUGAUAGAGUGCUGGGUGUACAGGUUUGAAAGGGGGGCCGUUUGCUGAUGAUGGUUUGUUGCGCAGGAGUCGAUUUUUCAUUUGAAAAAACGUAAAAAAGUAUAUUUUAUAUGGCUUUGAAGAAAAUUUCGAUCUUUUUCGCAGUUGAAAAUUCAGUUGAAAUGGCGACUCCUGCGCAAUUCUAAAUUCAAACCAACGGACGCAAAACAGCUCUAGUAUGGCCUAUGGCAAAAUAUGGCACCAUAAAAAAUUGCAAAUAAACAAUAUUUAAAUAUUUCUGUGAUCAUUAUUGCCUAUUGAGAUUUUCUGGAUCGAAGACUGAGCGAGAACUUAUAUAAUAUGUGUUAUUGGUUAUAUUAUAUAUAUCCGGACUCUAAUACGUGUACGUAUCUGUGCAAAUAGAGUGCCAUAAAAUUAAGAUUACAAUAUUGAAUCUUAUACAUUUUUAUACCACUUAUGUAUCGUAUAUUGUAUGUACAAAAUAAUGAACAAAAUUUUUGAAUGUUACACACUCCUGAAACUAGUAUGAUUUGAUGAAAUCCCGUCCAUAUAUAGGUAUACUUAUGUAUUUAAAGUUGUAUAUUAUAGUAUAACUGACAAUAUAAGAUAAUAAUUGCAACAAUUUCUUAUUGAUAUUACAAAGUCAAAAAAUAUGUAUCUUGUAGUUCAGGGGUUUAAUGUGCCUUUAAAUGAUUGGUGCCUGAAACAUAGCCUGCGAUUGUGCCAUAUAUGGCAUGCCAGAUGGGGUAAAUAGGUACAAAGUAGUUGUAUGAUGAGUCACAAAAUGUAUGCCAAACAUAUUUUUUUAUUGUAAUUAGAACAUAAUGUGGGGUUACGGUCACUUUGUAAAUAAAAAUACGUAAAAUUGCGGACCCACCGACUAAGUUCAUCUGUAGAUAAAAUAUAAACAAAAGCACACACAAAUAAUUUUUGCAAAAUAUUUUAAAAUUACACAUCCAAAAUUUUAAAUUGACUACAGUACAUAAUUGCAAUUUUACAUAAGUACUUUGCAAUAAUGUUUUUAAUAUUUGCAAAAGUUAUAUCAAGUUAGGGUUCUCUCCACCGAAUAUAUAGGACUUGAAAGGCCAAAAAGAAAGCUUUGUACAUAAGGCUAAAUUUACGUGGAGUACUCGCCCUACAAAACACAAAACCGACCUAGAAAUUAUCUGAAAUUAUUUUGUAAAACCGUUCACAAAUAUUCACUUAUAAUACCACAAGAGCUUCAAAAUUAUCGGGUAUUUUCCGAUAGGUUCGUUGCAAACAAAUGAAGGAGUCAAGUUUUUCAGGUUAAAAAAUAACGAGCGCGAAGCGCGAGUGAUUUUUCCUGAAAAACUUGACGACUUUAUUUGUUUGCAGGGAACCUUGAGGGAAAUGCCAGAUAAUUAUGAAGCUCGUGUGGUAUUCGGGAGAUUAUUUUUCCGUCCCAAAUGUCGGCCACAACCUGUCAGUUUGACGUAGCAACGACCAGAGAAAAUAUUCAAAAAAUUUUCAGUAUAAUACCAUGUAGGUUGUACCACGUGACGUCGAAUGGUGCAAUUCUAUUGGUCGAUAUUUGGGUCGGAAAAAUAAUCAUCAUAAUAAACCUUAAUAAGUUUAAGUGCCUAAACUAUGACUAACUUUCUAGGUUUGACGAACGUAACCGGGCACAUUGACGUUUUAAACGUGCAAUAAAAACGUAAUAUCAAUAGAUAUAUAUAAUUCCAUGUGUUAUCAGAUCUGAAUUUGUACUGAACACUUUGUCUCACUCAUUAUCAUUCUUAUUUUAAGACUAUUAUUAGUUACUUUAAUUAUAAACGCUAAAAUUUUAGGCUUUAGCAACCCUAAGAUAAUCCUUUCUAUUUAUUUGACACUCAAAUUCAUAAGCAAAGGAACCAUAUUAGCGUUUAUAAAUAAAGAAGUUAUUUUAUAAUGUUUUGGGAAUUCAAAUAUAUCAACCAGUUGAUAAAUUACUUUUUUUGGUACAACAUUCAAAAUUACAAAAAUUGUUUGGUUUCUUUAACCAGUUGAUAUAUUUGUGUUCCCAAUUUCGAUUAAGUACUUGUACAUUUUGUACAUAUCAUAUUUAAUAUUAUUAUUCUAGCUUAAGAAAUCUGUGUAAAUAAUCUGAAUAAAAAAUACGUUUUAUAAAAGAAUUUGCAUAUCUGAAUUUUGACUUUAUGACUAUUAUUAUUUCUAAUUAAUUAUUUAGCAAUAUUAGUCGAUGUUAAGUAUUUUUAUAACAAGAAUACAAUAGUCUCUUAGCUGUAAUCUUUACGUAAUGUUACAUUUUUGUAAAAAAUGUAUAUUUUUUAUUAUAAUUAUUUACUUGGAGUUUUUAUACAUAGUGUAAUUGUUACUGAGGUGAAUUUGGAUUUGCCAAAUUAAUAUAAGCCUUGUUUUAAUUCUUCCAUUAAAAUAAAGGGGUCAUUAUAUUUUGUAAAAAUGCCAAUACAAUUCAUACAAAUGAAAAUAAAAAUUAUAAAUUAAUA